UUUCUGGUCUGUGCGUGUGGAGAUUUUUGUUUCACGAUUUGGUGCUUUGCUCUUUUCUGUGCGCGACAGUAGCUAGGAUACAUUCAAGUAAAUUGAAGGUUUUGCGGAAAGAACGUGGAGACAAGAGGCGAAGCGAGACAAAGACUGAAGAAAGAUGGCAACUAUGAAGGGCUUGUAUUUUCAACAGAGUUCUACAAAUGAAGAAAUAACUUUUCUAUUUCAAGAAAGGGAGAAUCUUCCUGUUACAGACGAUAACUUUGUGAAACUUCAAGUUAAGGCCUGUGCUCUGAGCCCAAUAAACACAAAGCUUCUGGCAGAAAUGAAGAUGGAAAAAGAUUUCUUUCCUGUUGGAAGAGAAGUUGCUGGAAUUGUAUUAGAUGUUGGCGCCAAGGUAUCAUUCUUUCGCCCGGAUGAUGAGGUGGUCGGAAUUUUGCCCUUGGAUUCAGAAGACCCUGGACUCUGUGAAGUUAUUCGAGUACAUGAGCAUUACUUAGUUCAUAAACCAGAAAAGGUUUCAUGGACGGAAGCCGCUGGAGCCAUUCGGGAUGGCGUCCGAGCCUGCACCGCUCUGUAUUAUCUUUCUCAUCUCUCGCCCAGAAAGUCCGUGCUGAUCAUGGAUGGAGCAAGUGCAUUUGGCACAAUAGCAAUUCAGUUAGCACACCAUAGAGGAGCCAAGGUGAUUUCCACAGCAUGCUGCCUGGAAGACAAGCAACAUCUCGAAAGGAUUCGGCCUCCUGUAGCCCGUGUGAUUGAUGUCUCUAAUGGGAAAGGCCAUGUGGCUGAAAGCUGUCUGGAGGAAACAGGCGGCCUGGGAGUAGAUAUUGUCAUAGAUGCAGGAGUGAGAUUAUAUAGUAAAGAUGAUGAACCAGCUGUAAAAUUCCAACUCCCACAUAAGCAUGACAUCAUCACACUUCUUGGUGUUGGAGGCCAUUGGGUAACAACAGAAGAAAACCUUCAGCUGGAUCCUCCAGACAGCCAUUGCCUUUUCCUCAAGGGAGCGACGGUGGCUUUCCUUAAUGAUGAAGUUUGGAAUCUGUCAAACGUACAACAGGGAAAAUACCUUUGCAUCUUAAGAGACGUGAUGGAGAAGUUAUCAGCUGGUAUUUUCAGACCGCUACUUGAUGAACCCAUUCCACUGUAUGAGGCAAAAGCUUCCAUGGAAGUUGUUCAGAAAAAUCAAGAAAGAAAAAAGCAAGUUGUUCAAUUUUAAUUUUCUUUCUCAGAACUCAGUUGGAUGCACCCAUACCAGUUUAUGAAGCCAGUUUUCUUUGGAAAUUGUUGAGAAAAAUCAAGGAAGAUCAAACAAGUUUUUCUAUUUUUAAGCCUGUUUUCCUACCAUAAUAAGAUGUUUGGUUAUUUGACAUAUUUGAAAAA